GCUCUUCAAAACUUCAUUCACGGUGUGCAGUUAGAACGAAGACGCGCAUCUGGAGAUCACAGAGACUAUUUAUUGCUGUUGGAGCAUCGGCCAGUGUUCACAGCAGGGAGAAGGCAACAAGAAGACGAGAUUCGCGAUGAGAGGACGCGAUUACAUCGAAUGGGCGCGGACUUCGAAAGUACUCAGCGUGGUGGCAUCUUGACCUACCACGGUCCAGGACAAAUCGUCGGAUAUCCGUUGAUAGACCUCGGUCGGACGACACCCGCGCUUUCCGUGCGCGACUAUAUCUGCAGGCUCCAGCGUACAAUCCAGGACUUCCUUCGGGAAUCGCACGGGAUCAUACAUGCUCCGUCAGAACAUACCGGUGUAUUUGUAGACGACGGAGAUGGACGUGGUGCGAAGACGAAGCUUGCAAGCAUUGGCGUCCAAGUACGCCAUCGACUUACGAAUCAUGGCUUCGCGCUCAAUGUCACUCCCGAACCCUGUCAAUGGUUUAACACAAUCGUUGCCUGUGGACUGGCAGACGUGAAGGCCGGGUCAAUUGCUGGGAGAAGCAUAACAGCCGCCAGUGCUGGUAUUACUGUGCCUGGCCAGAUACCCAAGCUUGUAGAGACCUUUGGGCGUGUCAUGGAGCGAGACCUGAUAAAACUUGACCUCUCUGAGGGCAGCCAAGUAUCGGACGCAAUUGCAAGACUCGAGGAAGAAGCACAAUUACUCCACCGUGAAAGCCCUCCUCCUCAGAAGCCAGUAAUCUGAUGCAUGCCGCUUACAUCCGACAUGACAUGACAACUAUUCUUAACCAGUAUUCUUAGAAGCCUAACAAUAACUCUUUGAUGAUCAUUUACUUAACAUAGAUAGUGUCCUACUUCUUUCCCGGCAGCUCGUUCGCCCAGUAUGGGCAGGUGAGGCUCUCGAGGACCUCUGAUAACAUGAAGCCGCUCUCUUACCGCAAAGCAUGUGCUCUGGAGCGCCCUUUCCUUACCGCAUCUCCUUCGUUACAAACGUUGGUAGCCUCGACUGUUCGAUUCUACUUGAAUCCGGUAUUGCAAACCCACACGAGUUUCGCGAAUCACGGAAGAUUAUACUCCCGACCUCGAAAGUUUCAAAUUCUACUCUUCUAAGACAGUCUUCCUGAACACCAGCAGACCCAGAGCUUUUCCUAAGGGAAUAUCCGACUCCUUCAUCUCCCGUGUUGCAAUGGGACCUCGGCACAAGAUACCAGGCUCGGCUGACAACUGCUUCCUCAUAGUCGACCCUUCAAUGCAUAUGCUGGAUCGCUU